AUGAUAAAAACUAAUAUUUUUUCAAGUGUCUUAGGUGCUGCUGAAUCAACUGUCAAUAUUGAUAAUAGAAAAGAUGAUGAAAGUGCAAUAGCGACAACACCGACAUUGAAAUCAAAUCGGACACCCACCAUUCAAAUCGAUGAUGCGAUUCGGAAGCUCAUCAACACUAAUUCAGCAGCAACGAUUUUAGAGAAAAGAAAUAGUGACUUUGAUGAUUGUUCAACGAAUGAAAAUGAUUCUAGUGAAGUCUAUUCAGAUUCAGAUAUUGAAGAAGUGAUAAAUUGUAACGAUAAAAAUCAAUGUCUUUCUUCUAGCGCGAUAGCGUUGGCUAAUAAAAAUGUCGAUUCUCCAAAUUUGUGCCAAUCGAGUAUUCUGUGCACCAAUAAUGAUGCCAAGCCAAACAUCGGAAGCAUUGCUGUGCAAAACUCAUCCGAUAUCACAUUCGGAAAUAAAACAUUUUACCAGGGUCCAGUAACAAUAAAGCAAUUUGUUUAUGAUAAAAACAAAUGGAAUGAGACGGAACCACGAACGAAACAAUACGAAAACUAUAACCUAGGAUACAUAAACAAUAGCAACGAAGACAUAUCCACACAUCAAAAGUACUUCCCAAACGAUAAGGAAAAUCCGUGUGAACUGCAAAAGAAAUCAAAGUGGACCAAAAAGCGGACGUUGAAGCGUGCAGUUAUAGGUGGAGUUAUAGCUUGUUCAUUGUUGGCAAUAAUAAUAAUAAUAUUGCAGCCUAGUAGCAGUGGACACCACGAACAUUCGUCAAGUUCAGAUUUGCUCCCAAAUAUAACUGAGCCAUUACGAUUCGUUAAUAGAAGUGAUUGGGAAGCGCUGCCACCAAAACAUAAGCUAGAACCACUUCACUUGCCCGUACAACGUGCAAUCAUCGCACAUACGUUCACCAAAAGUUGUACAACACAGGAAUCAUGCAGUGAUGAAGUUAGAGCGAUUCAAAAAUAUCACAUUGAUGAAAAUGAGUGGGAUGACAUUGGUUACAAUUUCUUGGUUGGUGGUGAUGGUGCCAUUUAUGUCGGUCGUGGAUGGGAUAACCAGGGUGCACAUACAAAAGGUUACAAUGUAGGAAGCAUUUGCAUUGCGUUCAUUGGAUCUUUUGACGAAGAGGAGCCGCCAAAAUUACAGAUAUAUGAAGCACAAAAACUAAUUAAAUUUGGAGUUAUGUUGGAAAAAUUGAGUCCCGAUUUCAGACUCUACGGUCAACGUCAGUUGAAGUCAACAAAGAGUCCUGGUCUACUAUUAUACGAGAUCAUCAAAAAAUGGGCUCACUGGACUGAAAAAAUCGAAUGAUAUCGUCAAAAAAAUGAAUAAAUUAUAUGUUGAUUCUUGUCUAUUAAUAAUAAUGAUCAAACACUCAAACACUUAA